AUGAGACAAACGGUGCGGUGCCUCUUCCGUCCACUGCCAGUGUUUCGAUCGGUGGUUCCUUGGAAGAGAAGUGGAUACGGACAGAGAAUCACCAUGGCAAAUGUGUCAACGGCCUCUAACGCCAAUGGCAAGCCUAAUGACUGGCACGGCACCGGCGCUGCAGAAUUUGACAUGAGAAGCGAUACCAUGACCAAACCGACCUUAUCGAUGCUUGAUGCGAUCUGCCAGACCACCCUACUUGACGAUGUUUUCAAUGAGGACCCAGUGACAAAUUCUCUACAAGAGUAUGUGGCAGAGCGGACGAAGCAUGAGAAUGCGCUACUGGUCAUGUCCGGUACUAUGGGCAACCAAGUCGCAAUUCGAACACACUUGGUACAGCCUCCGUACUCGGUUCUUUGCGACCAUCGCUCUCAUAUCAUCUGCUACGAGGCAGGAGGUGUUAGCGCAUUGACAGGAGCGACGGUUCAGCCAGUUAUUCCGAAGAACGGUAUCUACCUCACUCUGGAAGAUGUCCAACGACAUGCAGUGAUCGAGGAUGACGACCACUACUGUCCUACGAGACUGAUCAGCUUGGAGAAUACUCUGGACGGCAUGGUUAUGCCUCUCAAUGAGGCUUGUCGCAUCGCAGAUUGGGCUCAUGCAAACAAUAUCAAAGUACACCUUGAUGGUGCGCGACUUUGGGAGGCCGUGGUUUCUGGGGCUGGGAGCCUGGCAGAUUACACUAGCAUCUGUGACAGCGUGAGUCUUUGUUUCUCCAAAGGUCUGGGAGCCCCCAUUGGUAGUAUCAUUGUUGGGUCCAAGGACUUUAUCAAGAAGGCCCGCUGGUUUCGUAAGUCAAUUGGCGGGGGUACCCGACAGGCUGGUGUAAUUGCUGCAGCUGCCCGGGUGGCCGUUGAAGAGACAUUUGGUCCGGACCCAUAUGGUAAAAAAGGCAAACUUCAGGAGACCCAUUCCAAGGCGAGAAGAGUAGCCGCACUAUGGACUGACCGUGGAGGAAAGUUGCUGCACCCAGUGCAUACAAACAUGGUAUGGUUGGAUUUGGAAGCUUCGGGAGUAGGGCCGAAUGACCUGUCGGAAAUCGGGAAAGAAAAGGGCCUGAAGCUGUCCGGGGGACGUGUUGUCGUCCACUAUCAGGUGUCCGAUGAGGCUAUCGCGAAGCUAGAGCAGGUGUUCGAUGUGGCAUUGAGUGGGCAAUACCAACGCAGCAACAACCAAAGUAAGCCGUACGGUACUAGAUAA